GCGCGGAUGCCCAUCUCUCCAAGCGCGCGCACCUGCAUGCGCACAGACACGCCUUCACGAAGCGCUCACUGAACAGAGCAGAAACGCUCGCACAGUGGCACACAUCAGCACAGGUCAGGUGGUCAGGUUUACAUCCGCACGCAUUUGCAUGUUAUUAUAUACGUUCGACUGCUCGAUUGGGACACAUACGGACCGAAAGCAGAGUCAGCGCAUUGUGUCAUGCAUCGCCGGAUAACCUGGACGCUGAUGGCGAUACUGGUAUGGCUGUCAGGGACAGUCAACUCUAGAAUGCUCGUUUGCUACUAUACAAAUUGGUCCCAGUACAGGGAGGGAGAUGGACAUUUCACGCCGGCGGACAUCGAUCCCGAUCUCUGCACACACGUCAUGUACAUGGUGGCCAAGUUGAACCGGGUUGAAGAUCUGACGGGCGAGAAGUACAUCAUAGAUGCGGUCGAGUGGAAUGACUAUGGCGGCGACACGGUAACAGGUCGCGGUUAUUCCUCCGUAAUCCGACUGAAGCGGUUCAAUCCCAGCCUGAAGGUGAUAUUAUCAGUCGGCGGUUACUCGAUGGGACCCAAGCCGUUUAGCGACCUUGCGAUGAACAGAAGCAAAUGGGCUGACUUCACAAAACAAGCCAUUGGAUUGCUGAGGCGGUUUCACUUCGAUGGUCUCGAUAUCAACUGGAUAUACCCGGGUGACGAGAGCAGGCAGGGCAGGCCCGAGGACAAGCAACGUUUUCCCGAUCUCCUACAGACCCUACGCGAAGGGUUCAACGAAGAUUCGUGGCAGAGGAACGCGGAUAGGCUCCUACUGUCGGCGUCCGUCGCGCCUAACGAGAAGAACAUGAAUCGCAGCUACGAGGUCGGGCGCAUGUCGCCGUGGCUGGACUUUGUCAACCUGCUCACGUACGAUUAUCACGGUGCCUGGGAGAAUACGACCGGUCACAACAGCCCACUCGGUUCAACGCCUCUCACCGACGACAGCAAUAACGUCAGAACAUCGCUGAAGCGCUGGUUGAGCCAAGAUGGCGCCUUGCCAGAGCAGGUCGUUCUAGGCGUUCCGAUGUACGGACGCUGCUUCAUGCUGUCCGAGCCUUCGAUGACCCAUCUUGGCGCUCCCACCAGCAGCCCGUGUCCGGCUGGCAUGUACACCGGCGAGCCAGGCUUCCUCUCUUACUACGAGAUUUGCGACAUCCUAUUCUACGGCGACUAUAGACAGCAUUACGACACGCAAGAGCGAGUUGCGUACGCGGAGGAUGGUGUCAGGUGGAUCAGCUACGACACUGUCGAUAGCCUAAUGGAGAAGGUGGCGUUUGCCAGGACGGAGUGUUUGGCCGGCGUCGGUGCAUAUGCUCUGGAUCUUGACGACUUCGCCAACAGCAAGUGUGCCACGGGAAACUACCCACUACUGACUGCCAUUCAGCGAGCAGUUCACGAAACCGUGCCCGGUGACAACUGCAGCACUGCCACGGUAGAGGUCCCUACACGAGACGAGGUCGUCAUUCGCAGAGGCUCGUUCUUACGCCAGCUGGGAGCCGAUCUGCCCGUCAACUCUGACAGAAAUGACGACGUCUCGGUGAAUAUGUACGGCUUGCAAAGUGACGCUGCUCAGGUUAGAAGCGCACAAUCGACCAUCUUUCCCAGACUUAUUCAUCCAACUACAAGACGCCCGAUCAUGUACAGGCCAGUGGAAACUCGCCCCGUGCCGGUUAGGACGUUUACGGUGACCGAAACCAUUCCCACUGGACCAGCUACUGUCACUGCACGGGCCAGCACAUCUAUUCCCCACGUAGCAACGUCGCCGGAGAUGCAUGUGAACAGAUACGUCUCACCGUCAAUAACAUCCUCAUUUGUGAUAUCAUCCGCGAUGCUUCCAUCACAGGUGGCCACUACAACACUAUAUAGGCCGAUGCGAGAGCGAGAACAGCAGCAAACGCCCAGAGGCCAUGAAGGGAAACCAACGCAAACAGACGAGGGUCCUAACGACCAACUCGCCGCCAUACGCUACCCAGAGUACAUCACAUCGGCAACCACAGAACUUGGGAAAGACACGAGAACGAGGGAGUCUCCAUCGCAAGAAAAGCGAACAGUGACAAGCACAGUUAGCAAGGUACAAACGCGGGUUUAUUCACUCGCGAGAGAAAAUGAAGGUUCCGAGCAUCAACCAGCGAUACAAAUAACCCCGCCUACAUUACCAGCAAACGCGUUCAAAACCGAGCGGCUGCCUCUGCCUACCACGCGCAAUGUAUUCGUUCCACUCUUCGCUGCGGGUUCAAGAUCGAUUGUGAUCGAAAGGACACAUGUAGCGAGUACAGAACAGCCAGCGUCGUUGCGUUCGGUGUCUACUCGGACGGCAACCACAGCUCGCACGCGAGCAUCCUCAUCUACUCAGCACGUGGCAGCGUCACCGCGCUUACCGCCGUCAACGGCGUCCCCGUCACCGCGCUUACCGCCGUCAACGGCGUCCCCGUCACCGACCGUAAAGGUGCUCAGACCAGGCGUUGUUAUUCUCCAAGACAGACCUCAAACAACUACAGCAACAGUGUCGACAACACCGGUAACAACAGUGGGUACGGUGUCGGUAACUUCAGAUGAAAGGCCUAGAGGCUCAGGGAACCCAAUACUGGAAGCUGGCAGUGUGAAAAAGUAUACAGUAUUACCGCCCGUUCACACAGGCACAGAUCAAGAAGGACCCAAUGAGGUUUCAGCUUUUUCGAGUAGGCACAACUCGGCCUCCUGUCACGUAGCUCAGCUAACAGGGGUUAUAGUUUUUGUAGCCUUUGUCCUCAGUUCGGUAUAGAUACAGGAGACAAAAUAUAAAAUUAUUAUUAUUAAUUAUUAUCAAAUUAGUGCUAUCAUGCGUAAAUUACCACGUUUGUAUAUAUAUAUAUAUAAAUGCUUUGCCAGUUUUUAAAAUGUCCUUGUACUAUCAUUCAACAUUAAGAUGUGUUUGUACUAUCAUUCAACGUGCGUAUAAAUACGUUGAGAGCAGAGUUUAACAGUAUUGCCAUUAGGAAUUGGGAAUUAUCGGAUAUCUGUAAACACGUUGUAAAUAAUAUUUUAUAAUAUAUACCACUACUGCGUAUUGGUAUAUAGUAUUAGUAUUAGUAUUAGAGUUGUACUAGAGUAGAGAGACUCUACUAGUAGUAUUAGAGUCGUAUUAGUAUUUGUACUAUGUGUUAGUAUUACAAUAAACCCGGAACCAUAAAAGAUACAUUUACA